CGCUGUGAGGUGGGCGUGUGGCGCGAGCUCCUAGCGCGGGCUUCGACCGAGCUGCGGAGGACGUUGCGAGCGCGCGUCGAACAGGACUGGACGAGCGCGCGGCGCGAGGGGCGCGGCGAUGCGCGAGGUUUUCGACGUGCAGUGCGGCCGUGCGCCGCGCCGCGCGCUGCUGGCAGCGGCCUGCGGCGGCGGCUUGCUGACCCCCAGCGCUGACCGGCUUCAGCAGCUGGUACGACCGGACUCCAUCUACGACGUCUACCUGGUUGAGGACGUGCCGUUCGCCAGGGGCCAGUUUGCCUCCGUCCGCAAAUGCACACACAAACUGACAGGACAAAGAUUCGCCGCCAAGGUUCUGCGCAAGAGGAGGCGGCUCACAGAUAUCUACCACGAGAUCGCCGUUCUGGACACCUUCGCCGACUGCAACCGCAUCGUCCAGCUGCACGAAGUCUAUGAGACCAACACGGAAAUCAUACUCGUUCUGGAACUAGCCACGGGAGGCGAGAUGCAGACACUUCUGGAUGUGGAGGACUUUAUCAGAGAAGACCAAGUUAUCAGAUUAAUGCGACAGAUACUGGAAGGACUGCACCAGCUGCACGAUAACAACAUUGCUCACCUUGAUAUCAAGCCCCAGAACCUGCUGCUCACCGGGCCGUUCCCCUCCUGCGACGUGAAGCUCUGCGACUUCGGCAUAUCGCGCCAGGUGUACGGCGCCGGCGAGCUGCGCGAGAUCAUGGGCACGGCAGACUACAUGGCGCCGGAGAUCCUCAACUAUGAGCCGCUGUCACUGGCCACCGACAUGUGGUCGAUCGGCGUGCUGACCUACGCCCUGCUGACCGGCUAUUCCCCGUUCACCGGCUCCACCGUCCAGGAGACCUACUGCAACAUCACUUCAGAGGAGGUCGAUUUUCCCGACGACCUGUUUAUCGACAUCAGCGACACAGCCAAGAACUUCAUCUCGGGCCUGCUCGUCAAAAACCCGAGUGGACGACGCACAAUUCACAGCUGCCUGGAGCACCCUUGGCUGUCGAGCCCUGCGGCGCCGAGCGCGCCACUGACCGUGCCCGACCUGCGCGCCGACGACAAGGACAGCGGUUUCAGCAGUCCGGUCUCGUCCGACGACGAGACGAGCCUGCCGUUCACCGUGCCGACGCCGACGCCGCAGCCGGCGUGCCUCAUCGACAACGGCAACCUCGAGCCGGUGCGCGUCGGCCGCACUGGCGCCAUCACCGGCGCCUACACAAUCGAGAAUGCGCUUCCGACCGAGCCGCGGCCGCCCGUCGACAACGAGCCGCCGUCGCCGUCCACCGAGGUCGGAGUGCGCCAGCUGACCCCGGCCGAGGUCGCGCUGCGGCCGCUGACCCCUCCAGAGGUCACGCAGGUCACGCUGCACGCGCUGGCGCCGCCCGAGGUCACGCUCCACCCGCUGAACGCGACGGAGGUCACGUUGCACGCGCUGACGCCCAGCCCGGCUGAGGACGAAGUGAGUGACGUCACGUCCGAGGCCAGCAGCGACCGCACGAGCGACAUGUCCUGGGAGGAGACCGAGUUCUCCUACCGGCGGCUGUCCGUGGCGCAGCUCACCGACCGCGUCUGGGACUGCUUCAACGAGCACGACUUCAACGUCGAGCCAGUGCGACCCUGGGAGAACGUGUGUACGGGAGCUGUCGGUCGCGCCAAGGCGCUCUUCAUGGGGAAGGCGGUGGCGCCGGCGCCCGCGGCGCGCGCACCCGCCGCCGCCUCGACCCGCGCCAGCCCGCGCAGGCACUGAGGGCGAACGCCCGCUCGCGUCGCUCUGCCGUCAUAACUUAUUUCCAUCGUCAUUGAUUAAGUGUUAUUGUGUAACUUAUUGAUUGUGUUUCUCGCUGUGGACUCUUCCGUACUAAUCAGGGUAUGCUGAGUUUGUUGUUGGGCGCGCAGAGAAGCCACGUGGCACCUCUGCUCGCUGUCAAAUGUGUAAGUCAGUUUCAGUGAGCUGCAAUAUGGCCGUGAUAUGCGCGUGAGUGAGUGUGUUCCAUUUUAGCUUACCAUGCUAGUCAGAUCCAUGUAGGCUAUUUGGCGGACGUACGGUCUCGCCUUCUAUGGAAAGUGUAAUGGCGCCACCCGUACGGGACGCGUGCGUUUUAUCGUGUGCGGCGCAUCGAAGUGUUGAUGGUGUCCAAUAUUUUAGAAAUAAUAAACAUUUGACAAGUUUA